AUGCUAGCAUUGGUUAUACUUCUCGGCUUAGCCGUCCCAUCUUUGACUGUUGCUCCAGCUGCUGCAAACUUUAACCUAUCAACUGCAACCCUUGAGACCUACGGGUGCGAUACUACUUGCCAGGCGGUUUUUGACUAUGCGCAAGCUGAGGACCGGACGCUGUUCGGGACUGAUUUUGAAUUCGGCUUUUAUGCCACGGCAUCCAAUUUCUCCCGAUCCCAACCCGGUGAUCUGUUGAAGUUUGAAGCCAUUGACCCAAAUGACCUCGAUGUUAUCAGUGGCAUGUCUGCCUACCGCUUCCAAUAUACUUCUCAAGACCUAGACGGGUCCCUCGUCCCGGCUACGGGAUUCAUCGGAAUACCUUAUACAUCGUUCCGAAAGGACAAAAAGUACCCGGCCAUUGCCUACGCCCACGGCACCAUCGGCGUGUUUGCUGGAUGCCCGCCAUCCACUACUCCAACUCUCUACGACUAUACCAGCUGGAGUAUCCUCAUUGAGAAGGGCUACGCCAUCAUCGCGCCUGACUAUGCUGGUCUCGGAAACAAUUACACGGAACAUAAAUACCUUAGUUUCCCUGCGCAUGCCAAUGAUCUCUACUAUAGUAUGGUUGCCGCUCGGAAAGCCUUCCCUGGGCUCUUCACAGAUGGAUGGAUGGGUGUUGGGCAUUCUCAGGGAGGUGGCUCCGUCUGGAAGCUUUCGGAGAGCAAGUUGCUUCAAACUGGGACCGCCGGAAAGUACCUGGGCACUGUUGCAUUAGCACCUGCCUCCAAGAUUUACGACAUGACUCUACUUGGUGUCGAGUCACUAUCUCAGACCUCCGAUUAUGCGUCGUACGACAUCCUCUAUGAGACCAUCUGGCUACCGUUUGCCAUUGAGCGUGUCUUCCCAAACAUGAGCCGCGCGCCGUUUGCCGAAACACUCCAGAAUCGAACAAAGAUUGCCGAUAUGGCACAAGCAUGUAAUUACGGUAUCAUGUCGCUCGCUUAUGGACUAAAACCUUCAGAUCUCUUUACUUCAGCAAUCAAAAACAAUCCGGACUUCCAGAAGUGGCAGGAUAUGGUCGCUCCCGCCAAUGGUGACAGGGCCGGGGAGCCUAUGAUGAUCAUCCAGGGCUUGAAUGACACAGCCGUCUUGCCCCAGAUUACCAUUAGCUCGUUCAAAGACGCCUGUCGUUACGGGAACGAGGCCCACCUCAGGUUGUAUCCUGGAAUGGAUCACUCUGAUGUGCUGACUGCGAGUUCCCCUGAGUGGUUGGCCUUUAUUGAUGGGCGCUUCGCUAGUUGGAAGACUACAGGAAACUGCAGCACCAUUACACACCAGCCUUUUGACGCUGUUCACAUGGUGACCGAUCCCGAAGCUGCGGACAUGGCAAGUAUUUAA